UCAUUGUUCUGGGAGUAGGAAGCGUUUCUUGCCUCUCGGCCCACACAUUCGUGUCGAUGGCUGCCGCGCCGAAACCACGUCCCGCCUGAGAGGGAGUCGGUUCGGCUCGGGACCAGAACGCCAAAUUCGUGCGUGGGAUUUACCGGAGAGAAAGGAAAAGCUCCGUGUCUCCCUGGGGGACGGCUCGUGGACCCCGGAGGAGGAGCGGACGGAAACAGCGGUCAAAAUGUCCGAUCCAGCCGAGAGGCAGUCCACAGCCGGACAGAGGCUGGGCGCCCCUGAAAGUUUUGGAGUGUCCACCCUGGAGCCAGGCACGCACCCUCCAACUCAACCCGCGGGGCGCCAAGUCUCCAUAAGGGUUCAGAUGCUCGAUGACACACAGGAAGUCUUCCAGAUUUCGCAACGCUCACAUGGUAAAGUGCUGUUUGAUCUGGUUUGCGUCCAUCUCAACCUGACUGAAGGAGACUAUUUUGGACUGGAGUAUCAGGACCAACGGAAGAUGACGGUGUGGUUGGAUCUCCUGAAGCCGACGCUGAAGCAGAUCAGACGGCCGAAAAACACCAUCCUUCGCUUUGUGGUGAAGUUCUUCCCUCCUGACCACACGCAGCUCAUGGAGGAGCUGACUCAGUAUCUGUUUGCGCUGCAGAUUAAGCAGGACCUGGCCUGCGGGCGUCUAAUCUGCAACGACACCAGCGCAGCUCUAAUGGUUUCCCACAUCAUCCAGUCUGAGAUUGGGGACUUUGAAGAGACGCAGAGCUGGCAGCAUCUCCUGCAUAACAAGUACCUUCCAGACCAGGACGCCAUCCGAGACAAGAUCAUAGACUGCCACCGCAAGCAUGUCGGGCAGACUCCAGCAGAGUCGGACUACCAGCUGCUGGAAAUCGCUCGUCGUCUGGAGAUGUACGGUGUCCGCCUGCACCCCGCCAAGGACCGAGAGGGCACUAAGCUUAGCCUGUCUGUGGCGCACACUGGAGUCCUGGUUUUUCAGGGCUACACAAAAAUUAACGCCUUCAACUGGGCCAAGAUUCGCAAGCUGAGCUUCAAACGUAAAAGGUUCCUGAUCAAGUUGAGAUCUGACCCUGCCAACUCUCAUCACGACACGCUGGAGUUCGCCAUGGCCAGCAGGGACUGCUGCAAGGUUUUCUGGAAGAUCUGUGUGGAGUAUCACGCCUUCUUCAGGCUCUUCGAGGAGCCCAAGCCUAAACCCAAACCUAUCCUCUUCACAAGGGGGUCCUCAUUCCGGUUCAGCGGUCGAACCCAGAAGCAGAUCAUCGACCACAUGAAAGACUCCGAGAUCAAGAGGGUUCCAUUUGAGAGAAAGCACAGUAAGAUUCUGUCCAACAGCGGCAUGUCCCCUCAGUCGUCUUCCUGCAGAUCACAAGUGCCAAAAGAGAGUGCCUCGUUGGUGCCGUUGGCAGACCAGCCCGACGCGGUCAGACUGGCUCAGGAAGUCAAAUCGAAAGGUUCAGAGGAGCUGCCGGCCACCACGCCACCCAUCAAUGGUUUCCACGAUGGCACACUCCUCAGCUCCGACCCGACUCGGCGGAACCACAACGGAACGGGAUCGGCACCGGGCCAGCAGCUCCUGAACCAAGAAAUCCCUGGUUCGGAGGACUCUCCGCAGGCAAGUCCCCUUGUGGUUGUCAUCAGCUCUGUGAACGGUCAGGAGGCCGGGAGUGUCCUGGGACAGGUUCCAGAGGGACAGCAGCUUACACCUCUUACCAGUCCACUGCUUACUGAUGCUGGGUACAUCCGCAACGAUGAGGAGGAAGAGGCGAGGAGGAAGAAGUUUCCCACAGACAAGGCCUACUUUAUAGCCAAAGAACUGUUGACCACAGAGCGGACCUACCUCAACGACCUGAAAGUUAUCACAGAGUCCUUCCAGAGAACUGUGGAGAAAGACGAAGCGUUUCCAGCUUCACUCAGGAACCUGAUGUCGAGCCACUACGAUCCGAUCUACAAGUUUCACCAGGGGUUCCUCAAAGAGACGGAGCAGCGGCUGGCGCAGUGGGAGGGUCGAUCUAACGCCCAUAUCAAAGGAGAUUAUCAGCGAAUUGGGGACAUUUUAUUGAAGAACAUCCAGGGUCUGAGGCAGCUGACACUUCAUCUGCAGAAGCAUUCAGAGUGCUUGGUGGAGCUGGAACGGGCUUGUAGGACGAGUCGGAAGGUUGAAACUCUGUGCAGGGACUUCGAGCAGCAGAGGAUUUGCUACUUGCCUCUCUACAUCUUCCUGCUCAGGCCUCUCCACCGCCUGCUGCACUACAAACUCAUCCUGGAGAGGCUCUGCAAGCACUACCCGCCCACCCACGACGACUUCAGGGACAGCCGAGCGGCCCUGGCCGAGAUCUCCGAGAUGGUGCUGCAACUCCAGGGCAUCAUGAUGAAGAUGGAAAACUUCCAGAAGCUUCUAGAGCUGAAGAAGGAUCUGACCGGCAUCGAAAACCUCGUCAUCCCCGGGAGGGAGUUUAUCAGGUUGGGUUGCCUCAGCAAACUCUCCGCGAAGGGCCUUCAGCAGAGAAUGUUCUUCCUGUUUAGUGAUUGUUUGCUGUACACCAGUCGGGGGAUGACUCCGUCCAACCAGUUCAGGGUCCACGGUCAGCUGUCUCUCUACAAAAUGACGAUCAGAGAAAGCGAGGAGGAGUGGGGCGUCCCCCAUUCGUUUACGUUGUUUGGCCAGCACCAGUCUGUAGUGGUGGCCGCCAGCUGCGAGUCAGAGAUGGAGCAGUGGGUGGAGGACAUCAGGAUGGCUAUCGACCUGGCAGAACAGAGCAGCCUCCCAGAUGCCGGCCUGCUUUCCACUAGUCCAGCCGAGAACAAGCUUUCAGAGGAUGGUGGAGCCGAGCUGGAGUCGGAGGAGGAGCUCUCCGGCUCGCGUUCGUCCCUCGAGCGUCAGAGUCACCGUGGUAACACCACCGUGCACGUCUGCUGGCAUCGCAACACCAGCGUGUCCAUGGUGGACUUCAGCAUUGCCGUGGAGAACCAGCUCUCAGGUAACUUGUUGAGGAAGUUUAAGAACAGCAACGGCUGGCAGAAACUCUGGGUGGUCUUCACCAACUUCAGCCUCUUCUUUUACAAAUCACACCAGGAUGAGUACCCUCUGGCCAGCCUCCCUCUUCUGGGCUACUCUGUCACCGUCCCAGCCGAGUCUGAGAACAUCCACAAAGAUUACGUAUUUAAACUUCACUUUAAAUCCCACGUGUACUACUUCAGAUCGGAGAGCGAGUACACGUUUGAAAGGUGGAUGGAGGUGAUCCGCAGCGCCACCUGCUCCACCAGCCGCUCCCUGCCAAGCACAAGGAAAGAUGUGUAUUGAUCACCCUGCCCUCCUCCUCCUCCUCCUCCUCCUCCUCCUCCUCCUCUUCCUCUUCCUCACACUCGCCUUAAGGAAGACCUGGACUUCAGGCUGCACAGAUAACAAGACAAACUUUCCUCACAGACACUGAAUCAUGUUGCACACAGAAGACACUCAUCAAAACGCUCAUCAGUCGCUUUUAUUCUGUUCAGGAAGUCCUCACACGUCACCUUUUCUUUUUCUUUUUUUACACUUUCUCAUCGCUGCAUCUGAAGUUGUCGGCGAUGUUUAAAAAAUUUUGUGCCAAACUGGAAGUUCCUCUGACAAUAUUUUUCGCUUACAUGCACACGUCACGGUUAGGAGAACGAGGAUAAUAAGGGGUUAAAUCAUGACGCGUUCUGAAAGUGACCAAAGGGAGGUGGAAUGAAAUAUUCAAGAAAAAGCCGUGUAUGAUCAGAUUUGGGACACAAUUGGAAAGUUUUUCUUUUUUUGUAAUGUGCUUUUUUGUACAGUAUUUUGAUACACUGUGAAAACUCAUCUUUUUGUCAUUUGGUUUCGUCUGAGAGGACAAACUGAAAUAAAAACACUUCAGAUCUGCUUCCAAA